UGUGUGUGUGUGUGUGUGUGUGUGUGUGUGUUUACACAGACGGGAAUGCUGCGCCAAAGGAAGUGCGCCGGUUCUCCGUCUUCGCGUUCCGACUUCCUGCUCUGAGGCAGGAGAGAGAAAAGCUGCGGAUCCGCUUUCAGACAGCAGUAGGAGCAUGGAGCCCCUACACAACACACACAUACCGCUAUAAUAAGACACAAACGCACACAUUACACACAGGCAGACGGGUAGAGGAGCAGCGGGCGUCCACGGCAGGAUCGCCUGUGUCUCUGGUGUCACACCGUCAUGGAGAGUUCCAUCACACUCUGGCAGUUCCUGCUGCAGCUGCUACUCGACAAAAGCCACAAACAUCUCAUCUGCUGGACGUCCAACGACGGCGAGUUCAAGCUGCUUAAGUCAGAAGAAGUUGCCAAGCUGUGGGGGAUGCGCAAGAACAAGACAAACAUGAACUAUGACAAGCUGAGCAGAGCUCUGCGCUACUACUACGACAAAAACAUCAUCAAGAAGGUGAUCGGCCAGAAGUUCGUCUACAAGUUUGUGUCGUCCCCUGAGAUUCUGAUGAUGGACCCUGCGGUGGUGGAGUCAGGCCGCAGCAGUGAGGAAAGCGGGGGUGCAACGUCAGAGCCUGAGGCUGAAGACGAGGACGGGAAUGGGAAAAACCAAUACCUUCACUCCAGCCUGUACUCCUCCUUCACCGUCAGCUCCCUGCAGCACUCCUUAGAACCGCAUCGGCCGAUCAAGACGGAGCCCAGAUCCGAUCACCACGGCGACAGCUCCUCUGUGAUCCGAUUCGUAACCAACCACGGCCACUCCUCGCUAUCCUCCACCCCGCCCCCAUCCUCGGCCGACACCUCCAAUUCCUCCAGAUCUUCUCCUCGGCAGGCCCGCUCUUCAUCCUGCUCCUCCUCCCCACCACAAAGCCCUAGCCACACACCGUGGAGGGGGCGGAGCCAGAGCACAGAGACUAAUGCGUUAGAGCAGAGCGCUCAGCCUCUAAACCUGUCAUCGGGUCAGAGGGCGAGAGAGAGGUCACAGGGCACGACAAUGCCAGAGAGGAGGAGAUUGGCCAAUGGCGUGCCUUUAAAAAGCAGAAAACCCAAAGGCUUGGAAAUCUCCGCUUCCUCUCUUUUCCUGACAGGAAGUGACCUUGUCUCCAGAGCUCUCAACAGCCCGGCGCUGCCUUCAGGCUCCCUGACCGCUGCCUUCCUCACCACACAGACUCCGUCUGGUCUGCUGCUCACACCCAGUCCUCUACUCUCAAAUAUCCAUUUCUGGUCCAACCUGAGUCCAGUGGGACCCCUUAGCCCUGCACAACUGCAGAGCCAUGCCCCCCUCUUUCAGUUCCCUUCACUGCUGAAUGGAGUCAUCCCUGUGCCUUUCCCCAGCAUGGACGCUCCCUCUCCUCUGCUGCUCUCCUCAAGCUCCCACAAGUCCUGAUCCCUGAGCUUCAGGAGCAAACUAGGCCAAAUCGAGCUGGGCCAGAUCAGCACAGAUCAGUACCAAGCCAAUCAGCUUUAGACUUUGCCAUCGAACCCCACAGGAGAAGGACUUCCUCUGAGUCCAAUUACACUUUGAUCUGAAACCUGUUUCUUUACAUUAACAAAUUAAGAAAUAGUUUCAUUUGUAAAUGCAGGUGCUUUACUCUGAAGCUUUGCUCUCUGAGAAGAGUAUUUGCGUUAAACAUGUCUUUGUGUGUUUACUACAGUUCUACUGAUCAUGUCCUUUACAUUUGUUUCUUCAUCAUUUGGCAAAGAAAUUGACUGGAGGUCAGACUUCACCAUAUUGCUCAUCUCAUUCCACUUGGUUCAAAAUUCAGUGAUACAGACCAGUUGCAAUUUCAUGAAUGUUAGUGCUGUUUUUAAUCUCUGCUCUGACUAAUGUCAAACCCACACCACUGACUCAAACAACGGAGAUCUGGAGAAUUAGAAAAUAAGAACUCAAGUACUGUACAGUUAAAGCAAAUAGGGUAAUUUGCUUUCGUAGUAAGAGUAGGCGUUAGACAAGAAAAUUGAUACCCCUCUCUCAUGAUUUUAGGCUCAAUAUGAAGCUAUAUCCAGGAUAUGGUUAGCUUAGCAUAAAGACUCGAAGCGCAGAAAACUUACUCAUCCAAAGGGGACUACUUGGUAGCAGCCUACUAAUUGACACCUUAUGAAAAUUUAAUACAAAAUGACAAUUUGUAGUUUUAUAGGGAACUGAAGGUAGAACCCAGGAGAAAUAGUCUGGCACAAAACCUCCGUAAAACCACUUUUACAUUUUGUUUUUUGUACAGAUUAAACAAACACCAACAAUAAUUUCUUUAUUUGUGAGCUGAGGUAAGGCGGCUUGUAAUAACUUCGGCCAGAGCCAGACUCGCUGUUUCAAGUCUUUAUGCUAAGCUAACCAGCUGCUGGCUAUAACUCCAUAUAUAACUGACAGAUAAAAAUAAUGAUGUACAUCUUCUCAUCUUGCACUCAGCAAGAAAGCCUAUGUUCCUUUAAAUUUGGACAUAAAAUGGGACCAUAACUGGAUGAUUAAACACUAUAGCCAUGAAAGAUAUUAAGUACUGGGUGAUUCCCCCCCCUCUUUUUAAUUGACCAAAUGUUCAAUGAUAACAAUUUUGGCUGUUACAACAGUCAACCAACAACUGUGUACCAUUUAUCAACCUUUUUAAGUAAAAAGAAAAAAAAAGAAAAAAGUAUGACGAUUGACAUGGUGUCUCAUCAAUUUGUAUGUUUUUUUUUUUUUAAACAACUUGAUAUACAUUUGUAUAUAUCUAGAUCUGAAAUGUUUCAGUGAUGCCAUGAGAUGAAUCCCUCACUGACUCCUAGCGGAGCGCUAAAACGCUGUGGAAGUCUUCAUUUUGUCUUCUGUGUUGCUUUGACUUGACGCUGUGAACUUAUCUGUAUAGUUUAAUGCUUUUUAUUUUAAAUGCACUGUACUUCUUAGCUUUGUACCAGCCGUGCCUUUAAUAUUGUAAGACUUGUGUAAAUGUAUUAGGCUCUAAACCAGGUUUUAAGAGACAUUUCAGGUCAAAAUUGCACAAAAGCUUUUAUUUUGUAAAAUGGCUCCUGGUUUUUUUUUAUAAAGAAAUGUUUUCUCAGUAAUUUGCUUGUUUUUUCUUGAGAGAGAGUUUAGUUUUUUUGGAAUAAAGUGAAUUACCUUUCCAAAUUACUAUAUUCUUUUUAGUUGGUAAUACACACUCUUUCACAACUCAAAGAACAACUGCUGCACACACUGUUUAUGAAACAGAUUAAAUUUACUUUUGAUGGUUAUGAGAAAUAAAUAGUUCCAGUAAAAAGAGAACUGUUCACCGGCAGCUCAGUGUUUCAGAGAGGUCGAAAUCACAACACAGCAGGCCUGCCAUGCGCACACACACACACACACAUUA